UGUAUUUUUGGACGUGACGCGUUUGUAGGCCCUGCAAUACCACCUCCACGCCAUUAGUGGUGUCUUUCUUUGUUCCAUCCACACGUGUUGGAGUUGAACCUCCAGGAACGCGAGAUUUGUGUCGGCGUAACCAAACCAAACAUGUCGGCAUUCAAGAGAAAACGUGGAGGACAGGGUCUUAUUGAUAAUAAGGCAAAGAAAGUAAAAUUUAUAGUAGACUUGGACGAAGAACCGAGUGAAACUGAACAAGAUAAGAAACGGGAAGCCACAAUUCCAGCACCUGUGUCGUUGGGCAAAUGGACCAACAAGGAAAGAGUUCUCAUUUUCUCCUCAAGAGGCAUAAACUUCAGAACAAGGCAUUUGAUGCAAGACCUGAGGACCAAAAAAGACCAGUUGUUUGUUAUUAAUGAGGUGUGUGAAAUCAAAAACUGCAACAAAUGCCUCUUUUUUGAGGCCAAGAAGAAGCAGGACCUCUACAUGUGGAUUUCAAACAGCCCUCAUGGACCUUCUGCAAAGUUUUUAGUCCAGAACGUUCACACACUGGCUGAACUUAAAAUGACAGGAAACUGCCUCAAAGGAUCCAGACCGCUGCUGUCGUUCGAUCCUAAAUUUGACCAGGAGCCCCAGUAUGCUUUACUGAAGGAGCUGUUCAUCCAGACAUUUUCCACUCCACGCUACCACCCCAAGAGUCAGCCUUUUGUGGACCAUGUCUUCACAUUCACCAUUGCAGACAACAGGAUUUGGUUUCGAAACUACCAGAUCAUUGAGGAGGAUGCCUCUCUAGUGGAGAUUGGGCCUCGCUUCGUUCUCAACCUCAUUAAGAUCUUUCAGGGGAGCUUUGGAGGGCCUACGCUCUAUGAAAACCCGAACUUCCAGUCUCCUAACAUGCACAGACGAGAAAUCCGACUGGCAGCAGCAGCCCGAGUACGUGAGAAGCAGAUGGUGAAGGAGAUCCAGAAAGUGAAGAGGACCGAAGCAAAGGAAGAUUUAGAGAAAGAUGUUACAGCUGAUGUCUUCCUAUCACCAGCUGAGGAGAAACCUGUUCACAUUCAGACUGAAGCACCUGAGCCAAAAGUGGCGAAGAAAAAACACAAAGCUUUCAAAAGACAAAGGAUGCAGAUGGCACGCAGGUAACUGGGUGAAGGAGGAAUGACUAACUUCUGCCAUGAUUCAGUGCAGUCACAUCUGAUGUCCAAUAUUAUGAGCUUUUUGUUAGUUUACAGUAAGAAUGUGUAAUGAGCCAUCAUUUAGUUCACACAUUUGGUGAGUCCUAUAGCAAAUCUUAAACAGUAAUAAAAAAUCAUCCACCCUUUUUGACACAAAUAUUCCAUCAGUGUACAAAGGUUUUUGAGGAUGAGUAACUACAGUUGUUUCCUAUGUCAGAAAUAAAACUUUUUAUUCUCAGUC